AUGGAUAUUUACCAAAAAAAUAUGGAGUGCCUUAACGGGAACGACCCAUUCACCCCUAAUUUAAACCAAGAGCGCAAUUUUGGAAUCAGUUACAAUCAAAGCAAUGAGGCAAUUGCGGACUAUUACGAUGGAGCAGUCAUCUUAGUUACUGGAGGGACAGGUUUCGUUGGAAAAGCUCUUCUCGAAAAACUACUGAGAAGUUGCGCUGGAAUUAAAAUUAUUUACGUCCUGAUGAGGCCAAAACGCGGGUUGAGCGUUGAGCAAAGGUAUAAGGAAUUGCUAAAAAAUCAGGUCUUUGAUCGUAUACGUGCACGAUGGCCGGAGAGACUCGGCAAGCUCUUUCCGAUCACUGGCGACGUGUCAGCUCCUAACUUGGGUGUUAGUGCAGAACAAAGAGAACUUCUCAGUACAGUGACAACUGUGUUCCAUUCAGCAGCCACUGUGAAGUUCACUGAGCCACUACAAGCAGCUACUGCGCUGAACGUGCAGGGUACUGCGUAUCUACUAAAACUCGCUUCUGAUAUGCCUCUUUUGAAGGCUCUAGUCCACGUUUCUACAGCAUACAGCAACGCUCCAAGGAGUCAUAUCGAAGAACGAGUUUACCCCCCACCCUACGACCCGGACAGUAUAGUUCGGUGCACUAAAAUGCUCCCACCAGAAACUGUCAACGUCAUAGCCGAGACAUUACAGGGAGAACAUCCCAACCCUUAUACACUUACCAAAGCACUGGCUGAAUCAAUUGUUUAUAGUCAUUCAAACCUACCUGUCUGCAUAGUGCGACCGUCUAUAGUAACUGCGGCGUUUCAAGAACCUUUUCCUGGUUGGAUUGACAACGUCUAUGGAGUUACAGGAAUAAUUAUGGAAAUAUCCCGUGGGACCUAUCGUUCUGGGUACUGCCGAGAAAGAUAUGUAGUUGACCUGGUACCUGUGGACUUAGUUGUCAAUAGCUGUAUUCUUGCAGCGUGGAGACAAGGGUCCAAUAAGCCUGGACGCUGUCCGGUUUACAACGUUACAUCUGGAUCUAUCAACCCACUACAAUGGGGCCAGUUCACCCGGCUCUGCAUCAAAUGGGCCAGAGAAAAUCCCACCAAAUAUGUGAUGUGGUAUCCAAAUUUCUCAUUUACUGAGUCUCGCUUCAUGAACACGUUUUGGGAAAUAACUUGCCAUUUCUUGCCAGCAUUUCUCUACGACAUGCUGCUACGGGCACAGGGAAGAAAAGCCAUAAUGAUGAAACUCGCUCGUCGAUUCAAAAUGGCUGCCGCUACAGGAGAAUAUUUCGCAAACCAUGAGUGGCAGUUCGGCAUAUCGGAACUCUCAGCUCUACACACAGAAGCUAGCUUUGCCAGCGAUGCAAGCGCUUUCCCUCACUGGCCAUCGCAAUUCAACUGGGAUUCAUAUAUUGGAGCGUAUAUGCUUGGUAUUAGACGGUUCAUUUUAAAAGAUAGUGUUGAAUCGCUGCCAAACGCUAGAAGUAAAUUAAAAAGGUGA